AUGGCCGCCUCGCUGCCCUACCGCGAGCCAGGAAUCAUCACGAUUCUCAUCCAGGCAUCCUUCCUGCUUCUCCUCAACGCUGCCAAUUUUGUACUCGAUCACAGUCUCUAUUGCGGGCUCCUCGGACAGAUCUUUGUAGGAGUAGCCUGGGGGACGCCCGGGGCCAAGUGGCUGAGCGCAGAAGUCGAGCAGGUUGUUGUGCAAUUGGGAUAUCUCGGGUUGCUGCUGUUGGUAUAUGAAGGCGGCCUGUCGACCUCUCUCACAGCGCUCAGAGCAAAUCUCUGGCUCUCCUCAUGCGUCGCCAUCACCGGCAUCAGUGUGCCCAUAGGCCUCUCUUUCGUCUUGCAAAAACUCAGCGGCGCAACGCCUCUCCAGUCUUUUGCUGCCGGGGCCGCACUAUGCUCCACGAGCCUUGGGACGACCUUCACGGUGCUUCGAUCAACUGGUCUGGUCAAGUCCCGGCUCGGCGUCGUGCUCACGAGUGCCGCCAUGAUGGAUGACGUUGUUGGGCUUGUCAUGGUCCAAAUCAUUUCAAACUUGGGGUCGUCCGGCGAUCACAUCGGCUCUGUUACUGUUGUCAGGCCACUUCUGGUGUCCUUUGCUUUUGCCGUAUGCGCUCCUCUGCUAUGCGUCUUUGCGGCCAGACCAUUUACGCUCCGGUUGAACUCUUACCGGAUGAGACACUCCCAAGGAUUUAUCAAUCAGCUUGUCAAUAAGAAGGGGACACCUUGGGUCAUCCACAGCUCUAUUCUCAUCGGCUCCAUUGCUGGCUCGACAUAUGCUGGUACUUCUAAUCUAUUCGCGGCGUAUAUUGCCGGCGCUGCCAUCAGUUGGUGGGAUUCAGAGGUGCCGCAUCCUGUUCAAGAGGCAACAGCGGUUGGAGCAUCAGCUUCAGAGCAAGAACCAGGCAGUGGCAGUGCUUCUCUGAGUGCAUCUAGAGAAUCUCAGAGGAUAAACUCGUCUGGAAGUGCCGUAUUCGACAGAUACUAUUCACAGCCCCUCGAGAGAAUACUAAAGCCAUUCUUCUUUGCAUCGAUUGGCUUCUCCAUACCAAUCACCGAGAUGUUCGACGGUUCCAUCGUGUGGAGGGGGGUCGUAUACACCGCUCUCAUGAUGCUCGGCAAAUUGUUGUGCGGUGUCUGGCUGCUUCGCGUACCAUUGACGUGCAUUCUUCCUACCAAACUAUUGGCCGUCAUCAAGCAUCCCAGAAUACAGAUGCCUCAUUUCUGGGGUCGCGACGACCAAAAAGAGUCUAAAACGCCUCGUAACCCGACUCCCGCUCACACACCGCACCGAGACUCGGCCACGCAAACGACAAACUCGCAUUGUAGCCCUGCCGGGACGAAUCCGCGAUCAGUCUACCCUGCCGUCGUCCUGGGCUGCGCAAUGACCGCCCGCGGCGAGAUUGGCUUUCUGAUCUCGUCCAUCGCGGAAAGCAACAAGGUCUUUUCUUCAGCAAGCGCCGACGAGGAGGGCAAGAGCUCGGAGAUAUUCCUUGUCGUUACUUGGGCCAUUAUGCUUUGCACGAUCCUGGGUCCUUUGUCGUUGGGGCUCGUGGUGAGACGGGUGAAGCAGUUGCAGCAGGGCGUUGAGAAGCAGGGUCGGCUUGUUCAGAAGGAUGUUCUCGGUGUCUGGGGCUUGUCAUGA